AUGAAGAUUGGUCAACCGAUCUUCAACCAAGGAGUGAGUACAGAGGGGAAAUAUCUCAACAUAAUAAAAGCUAUUUCUGGCUCUCUGGAGUCCUCUGGGGAGGAUCCGCUGCGGAACUUUGUGCGAGUUUUGGAGAAGCGAGAUGGCACGGUGUUACGACUGCAGCAGUAUGGCUCCGGCGGCGUGGGUUGCCUUGUUUGGGACGCUGCCAUUGUCCUUUCUAAAUAUCUGGAAACGCCCGGAUUUGCCGGCGAUGGGGCCCACGCGCUGAGCCGGCGGUCGGUGCUAGAGCUGGGCUCGGGCACCGGGGCUGUGGGGCUCAUGGCCGCUACCCUCGGGGCAGAUGUCAUAGUCACCGAUCUUGAGGAAUUGCAAGACUUGCUGAAGAUGAAUAUUAAUAUGAACAAGCAUCUUGUCACUGGUUCUGUUCAAGCCAAGGUACUGAAAUGGGGGGAAGAAUUAGAAGACUUUCCUUCUCCGCCAGACUAUAUACUGAUGGCUGACUGCAUAUACUACGAAGAGUCUUUGGAGCCAUUGUUGAAAACCCUAAAAGAUCUCAGUGGGUCUGAGACUUGUAUUAUAUGUUGUUAUGAACAGCGAACAAUGGGGAAAAAUCCAGAAAUCGAGAAAAAAUAUUUUGAGCUCCUUCAACUAGACUUUGACUUUGAAAAAAUUCCUUUGGGAAAACAUGAUGAAGAAUAUCGAAGUGAAGAUAUUCACAUUUUAUACAUCAGAAAGAAAAAAUCGAAAUUUCCAUCAUGAAAUCUUUAGUCAUCUUACCCAGGCCUCUAACAACGUGCGUAAGCUAAUAACGUGAAUGAAGCAUGUGAAUACAGCAUGGAAGAUUGUGUUCACAGAUUUUUUCAGCAUGUCUUUAGGGAUCCGAUCUAUAGAUAACCACCACUGGCUGCCUGCAAUAUGAAAAAUGACUUGACUGACUGCCUACCUGCCAAUGGGCCUGAAAUCCAACUUAGUUUACUUUUAGCUCCACAUCAAGUUCUGCUUAAAAGAAACAUUGUGUCAGUCACUCCUCCAAUAAAAAUAGGUACUGAGGUUAGCCUAAAGUCUGCCAAGAAUAAUGAAGUAGCAUGGUUGGCUUGGAGUGUUUUCAGGAAAAUAGAGGUAAGUUGAUCCAGUUUCUAAAGAGAGGUAUCAGUUACUCUUUAAUAAUGUUUAAAUUCAAAUCAGUAAAUUUUAAUUUGUCAUCAAGAUAAAUUUAAGAGAGGGUUUUAACAUUUAUACAAUGGGUUUUAUUAUAAGUAUCUUCCACUUCAUUGUUUUUCAGACAACUUUAAUAUUUGUGUUCUUUUACUUGAGGAAAAAAAAAACAACAAAAAACGAAAAGACUGUUUUGUGACCAAAGUUCUGUGCUUUUCCUUCACCUUGCUGAUUACAGUAUAAUUUACCCUGUGAAUUAUAUAAUAAAUUAUACUGUGGUCGGUUAAUAAAGGUGAAAGUAAGAAGUCAGAGUGCAAGGGGUAUCUGUAAAAUUUUUUAUUUGAGAGUGGAGUGAGAAUAAAAGGCCCAGCUUUAGGCUCGUGCAUGUAUGUGGCUCGUGCACUUUUCCUCAUGCGUAGCUCCCAGGAAAAUGUGGCUAAAUCACUGGUGAUAACUUGUUUAUAUGAAACAGAAAGCUAUUUAAAUAACUACAAGUGUAGUUCUGUGUACAUAUACCAAAUGAUUUUUUUUCUGUGUGGUCUCUGUCUUAUGUUAUGAUAAUCAUCUGUUCUCAGACUGAUCUGUCAGGACUUCCCAGUCGCACUGGUUCCAAAGCAUAAUAGUAACCAGAUGGAAUGCUGGUACUUAACAGGCAUUGGUGCUAGGUGGCACAUUUUAUGUGUUAAAAUAAACAUUGUUUUUGAAAAAAAAAAAUAAAAAUAAAAAAAAAAAUAAAAGCUAUUUCUGACAGACAGUCAAUAUAAUGCUCAAUGGUGAAAACCUGAAAGCAUUCCCACUAAAAUUUGGAAGAAGACAAGGAUGCCAGCUCUUACCACUUCUACUCAACAUAGUAUUCGAAGUCCAAGCCUCAGCAAUCAGACAAAAGAAAGAAAGAAAAGGUAUGCAAACUGGAAGGGAAGAGGUAAAGCUGUCACUAUAUGCACAUGACAUGAUACAAUAUACAGAAAACCCUAAGGACCUUCACACAAAAACUACUAGAUCUUAUAAAUGAAAUAAGUAAAGCAACAGUAAAGCAACAAUCUUAAUAAAGUAAGAUUAACAUUUAGAAAUCAGUUGUGUGUAAAUUUCUUCACAUUACCAAUGAAAUAUCAGAACGGGAAUGUAAAAAAAUGAUACUUUUCAAAAUCACACCAAAAAAAUAAAAUACCUAGGAAUAAACCUGACCAAGAAAGUGAAAGAGUUAUACACUAAGAACUGUAACAUUUCAAUAAAGGAAAUUAAAGAGAAUUCAAAGAAAUCAGAAGAUAUCCCAUGCUCUUGAACUGAGAAAAUACACAUUGUUAAAACAGCAAUACUACCCAAAGCAAUUUACAGACUGAAUGCAAUCCCUAUCAAAUUACCCAUGACAUUUUUUGCAGAACUAAAUUAUUUGAAAUAAGUAAUCCAAAAAUUCACAUGGAACCGUAAAAGGAGAAUUGCCAAAGGAAUCCUGAGGGAAAAAAAAUCAGGAGACAUAACUCUCCCAGACUUCAUACAAUACUACAAAGCCACAGUAAUCAAAACAAUGUGGUAUUGAUACAAAAACAGACAUCCAGAUCAAUGGAACAGAACAGAAAACCCAAAAAUAAACCCACACACCUAACCUCAAUGACUCUUCGACCAAGGACGCAAGCAUAUAAAAUGGGAAUAAGACAGUCUCUUUAGCAACUGGUACUGGGAAAGUUGGAGCUGCAUGUAAAUCAAUGAAAUUGGGAUACAC